CAGGCCAUCUGCAAAUAAUUGCUGCCUUUCGUAGAGGGGCGGAUCGCUCUGUCUGAUGCGCCUCCACAGAGCUGACUGAAACCUCUCUGCACGAAGCAAACGAAUCCCGGUGAGGUAGCUGACUGGGGAACAUCUCCAUGAUUAGCACCAUGGAAUGCGGGGCGGACGCGCAGAGCCUGAUCUCCAUUUCGCUAAUGAAGAUCCACAACUCCAGGACGCAGAGAGGGGGGAUCACGCUGCACAAAAACCUGCUGGUGUCCUACGUGCUGAGGAAUGCCAGGCAGGUCUACAUCAAGGAGAAAUACGCCGAGAUCUACAGGAUGCAGCAGUAUGAGGAGGUGAUGACGGUCUGCAACGAGAUCCAGGAGCUCAACCCGCUGGAUCUGGACGCAGAGGACGCCGACGACGAGGAGCACGCGCGGACACCUUGCUGCGGCGAAGGGGCGAGUCUGUGCGGCUCGGUGUGCCACCGAGGCGCAGCGCAGCCAGCGGCGCAUGCCCGGGCAGCGAGCGCUCUGUUCGGUGGCUCUUCCCUUGAAGACGACACCCGGGAACCUGAUCCCUCGUACUACCGGAGCUGCUGCAUGGAGGCGUCCCCUGCGCCCCACUGCGACCAGCUCCCUGCCAGCGGCAGCACGCACUGCAACAAGACCACGGUGCUGGAUCUGGACACGCAUGUGGUGACCACCGUGGAGAACGGCUACCUCCACCAGGACUGCUGCUGUGAUGCGCUCCCGUUCGGCCAGGGCGCGCAGACCCCGGCGAAGAAGCGGAAGGUUGAGUCCGGCUGUUACGUGUCCGACGGGGAGGAAGUAUCGGACUUUACUGCUGCGCGCAAGCGGGCCAAACGCGAGGACUGUUCCUACCACAACCUAGACUACACGGACACGUCCAACAUCUCCAACCUGAUUUCCAUCUUCGGCUCGGGGUUUUCAGGGCUCCUGAGCAGACAGGCGGACUUGGAACAGAUCUGUAGCAAGCAGGUCCUGGCCAGUCUGGGGGCAUGGACCCGAGCGAUCGUGGCAUUCUGACUCAACGCCUUUAUUCCAGGAGACACCGGGCUCGUUCGUAUCAUGAAGUAUUAAAGUACAACCUGGAGGAGAUCGUCGGGGAACACUUGGCCAAACUCAGGAGAAUGUUGCUGAUGACACAGGAUAUUUCCCAUGUUGCCACUUCAGAAGAUGUUGUGUUAUUAAAAGGACCAGGGAAGACUUGGUGGACGUGUCCAUGACGGAACGUUUUCAGCCUUCGUGGAACGUCACAGAAUGCAAAUGGGACGCCGGGGGGAAGUGGGCACUUCACUGGGAGAACUCUCAAUGGGCCACAGUGGUGUGCUGGGGAGGUCCGUGUUCUACGCAGAGUGGCAUGCAGCAGGUCAGUAGCAGAUGCCAUUGGACUGUAAUUGAUUAAUAUUCAACUUCAAAGUGUCAAAACAUCCCAAUUGGCCAAACUGAAACCCAUGACCGUAUUAUUAGUGGACAUGUACAAUGCUGAAAUAGAGUUAAGACUAUAUACCUCUGAGCAUCGGAUUGUGUUUCACAUACAUGUAACAAAAAGAUAGCGUAAAGAAUUUACCUCAUAAAUAACAUACGCCAGUGUGAUUCAUUGGUGUGUGUGUGUGUGUGUGCACUGGUUUCUUUCUUUUUUUUAAAGAGAAGGGAGAUGAGGUGGUGUCACACAGUGAGGGGUGUGCAGGAGAUCCAUGUCUGCAGAUGACACUUGUGGGACCGAUGUAUUGGAUUAACUUCCGCUGCCUUAAAACAAAUGAGCACACGUGUCUCUCCUGUACUGGGCCGGCGUUGGAAAGACUUUGUUGUAGAGUGAACAAUUUGAGGUAUACAGGUUCCAAUUCCCAUCACUUAAUCCUAACACUUUUGUACUGGAACACUCUCCCAGUAUGAGAUGCUGGACAGUGCUGGUAGCCUACCCCCCCCCCCCCCCCCCCAGUCUGAAUCAUGCUUGUUGCUCAAAGUUAUUCAUAAUUCCAACAUGUUGUGGUUUUGUGAGUUUUACAUUGUUUUGUGAAAUAAUGACUUCAGCCCUUUUGUUUUAAAAAGGAAAACUCCUGACGUAGCCAUAAGUCGAGAAUCCACACAUUAGCUUUAUGAGCACUAUGUGUACCAAAAUAAAGAGAGUAUUCAGCCAUUCUCUACAUAUUGUCUUUAUUCUUGUAUAUUUGUGCUUACUGAAUUGUAUAUCACCGGGUAAAACUGUUCCAGAAAAUAUUUGUUUAAAAUGUAUAAUCUUAAUAAAAAGUGCAAAC